GUCAUAGGUAAUAGGGGCGGGACCCUCCGGAAUUGCGGCAGCUUCCAGACUAGCCAAGAAUGGCUUUUCUAACAUUACGAUUUUAGAGGCCGAAGAUAGGAUCGGUGGUAGAAUUUGCAGCGUCGAAUUCGAAAAUGACAUCGUCGAUUUGGGCGCGGAACUCGUUCGCGAGGGUAUAGUCUCGUCUACGACUUGGUGAGAGAUUACGACGUAGUGGAACCGAGAAAUGCCGCAACUGAAGUUUACCAUCCGUCACUUGGACCGCUUCCUAAAAGUUUCGUGGAGACAGAUUCACUGAUCUCCUUGACCACAAAGACGACGGAAUCACGUGGGAAGAGCAUUUCGACGAAAACUAUCAAAAGUGCAUUGUCGAAAGUUUCCGAAGCGAAACUGAGAGACACCUUGCGGAAGAUUGCAGAAAAUUCGCUGAAAAUAUGCUUUUGUUUCAUGCAUUAACUUUUCCCCUUUCGGAAGGCGGUGAGGGGUUCGGCGAGCCCCCUCACGCGUUUCAGUGGACCUGGAAAACUGGAGGAUAUCGCACUUUUCUGGGCAUUUUGAUGAAAGACUGUGCGUCCUAAGCAGCGAAGUGAUGAAAAUCGAUUGGAAGGAAGAGAUCAAGGUGUCCUGCUCCAAUGGAUCUACCUAUCUUGCCGACCAUGUCAUAGCAACUCUACCGCUGGGGGUGCUAAAAAAGGCAGUACAAGACCCUGUUUCAACCCCCCACUGCCGAUGGCGAAAGCUCAGGCAAUCGAACUACUGCGAUUGCAUUCGCCUUCCCAAAUAUUGGUUCAUUUUCCUAGUAAAUGGUGGGGAAACAACGACAUGACCUUUACUUGGACCGAUGAAGAGAUGGAUUCGGUGGAUUUCCAAAUGGGACCAAAAAAGAACGGGCGAUCAUGGGUAACAGCAAUAAUGAGUUACUACGUGUAUCCCAGUUAUAAAAAUUGCCUAGCGGUAUACAAUGGUGGAGAGAUGGUCCAAGAAAUGGAGCAAAUGGACGAAACUGUUUGGCUGGAAGGAUUACACUACCUGAAUCAAAAGUUUCUCGCCCGUGCUUUCCCAAACAUAUGCAAACCUACAAAAAUUGCACGGUUCAAAUGGUACAGUAAUCUUCACUUUGGUGGAGUAAUUGCUACGGAAACAUUGGAAAGUAAGCUGAGAGGAAUCGGGUUUAAAACCAUGGCGGAACCGUUACUGGACAAAGAUGGCGGUAUACGCGUUUUAUUUGCCGGCGAAGUUACCAACGACAGUUCUCACGCAUUCGUAAACGCGGCGGUUUACACCGGUUUCAGAGAAGCCGACAGAAUCAUCAAUUUCUACAAGAAAUAAUCACUAAAAUUUGUAAUCUUUCUAAACGUAGA